AUGUGUACAGGCAAUGGCAGGCUGCCCCCUGCCGCCACUGUCGAGCGCCACGUUCCAUGCCCGGCUCGCCAGAUGGACCUGCCCGCACGCCUCUCGACGAAUCGCCAGGGCCCAGGGGUGGUAGUGCUGUGGACGCGCCUUGCCCAAAGCGGCGGAAUGGCUGCUCGCGAUGGCGCCUGUCCGUGGCCAAUGGAGCGCCGUGCCUUGCAACCCCUGAACUGA